UCUCGGUCUGUGCUUACUGUAGCUUUACAAGUGGGUUAUGGGUGGGUGGUCAUGUUUACCCCAAAAGAUUUCAUAUGUCUCUCACGUAUGACACGUUUCGUUAUCGUAUGAGAAUCUUUUCAACAUCCGCAUGAAGAUCUGUAGGAGCGUUUAUCAUGAUACGCAUCGGUCCCCUGAUCUGUUCCUUUGAUUAAAAGGCGAAUUUUGAUUCAAUUUUGAUUUUUUUUAAAGAAAAGCUAGCCAGCUUUAAGAUGGAUUUGGGUGGAAUUGGACUUUUAUUGCAAACAGUAAGCAAUGGAUCCUGAAAAGAACCGCAAGACUCACCUGUGUCUCCCAGACCACUGAUCUGGCAUCCCAUUCACAAUGUUCUUCAUCUGGACGCUGCAUAUGAACGUGUUUGCUCUGCUGGUCAGGACCACCGCAGCUGACCAAUGCCCACUUCACGAUGUCAAACCUGGGACUGUGUCUCCCGUGAUGGAUUCUUUGCAGUGCCACAAUGACUAUGUGACCCAUGUGCAAUGCACGUGGGAAGAAGAUCCACUCAUUCAUUCACAAGCCGCAGAAAACUCCUCACUCCUUUACUGGGAUACUGAUGUAAAAACACUUUGUGUUUCUCUCGGACCUGGUGUUGUUUUAUCCAAUGGGAAGAUCUCUCACAGCUGUCGCUACAACACUGGGAGGUUUAGCCUUGCAACCGAUCACAAAGUCUACUUCAAUGUAACCUGUAAAUCAAGAGGACUAUCUCUCAGUGUAGCCCAGCACGGAAAAGUUCUGGCCCCGAUUGACUUGACUGAGAAAAUGGCUAAUGGCACAGGUCAUGUGGUGUCAUGGAGAAGCCCGUAUCCUGCAUCCUCAAAUAUUACACCAACGCUCACGUAUCAGCUUCAGUACCGCAUAUCUGGCCAAGACUGGACUGUUGUGUAUAAUGGCAGUAACAACGAGUAUAUAAUCGACAAGCAACCAUUGCCAGGUUACAUUUACCAAGCCAGAGUGAGGGCCCGGGGUCCUUUAGGAAUGUGGAGCAACUGGAGCCCACUGGUGUCCUGGAGAUCCCAAGAUGAUGAAGUCUUUAAUCUGCAGUGUGAGAUAAAAGGAGAAACGGACGUGACGUGCAGCUGGCAGAUGAAGACAGUCAACUCUCAAUUCAUAUCUUAUCAUCUGUGGUGCAGUCACAAUGAUAACACUCUAGUCCCCAAGCCAUCAAAGUGUUGUCCAAAUCCUCUGCUAAAGCCGAAAGAUGCUGGGAUAACGGAGUUUAUUUGUUCUGUAAAGACACCUGACCCUUACCUGUUAACAGUUGAGCUGAGACCCGUGUACAACUCAAAAACAUUCAGCACUUCACAAAACGUUCACCCUCCACAACCCGACCCCGUGCAGGUGAAAGAGAGAGAUGGUGUUUUCAGUCUGAGCUGGUCUAUAGAUUGGUCUGCUGACAUAGAAUUCUUCGUCCAGCUGAAAAUCUCAAACAGUGAGACAUCAGUGCUCUAUAACCUUACUAGAUAUGAAGGGUUUGAGCUUCGUUCAAGCUCUCUAGAUCCUUCAACUCAAUACGAGGCCCAGAUCAGAAUAGUGCUUUCAUCUAAAGAUAGUCCCUACAGUGGUCGGCCAUCCGAAUGGUCACAGGCAAAAGGGUUUACCACAGGUCCAGCUUCUUGGUCUGUCACCACCAUAAUCUACAUAUUGAUUAGUCUGUUCGUGGCUGUGAUCUUCAUAGUUUUGUACAACGCCCUUCCAGUCUUUCACAGAAAGAUUGAAUUAUGGAAGGGAUCAAUUCCAUCACCCAUACACAGCAAAGUGAUGGAGGGAAUUAUCAAGUCCUCCUCUGGAUGGCCAUAUCUCCAAAGCGAAAAAGAGAAGACCUCAAUGUGUGUCAUACAGCCAACAGACAAUAUCAGUAUCUGCAAAAGCAGUGUCUCUGGGGAUCCACUUUUGUUUUACAAUGAGGACGUGAUUUCCAAUGCUACCCUUAAAAAAGGAUGGCCAGAUGAAACGAGCAACUCACACUCCUAUGUGGGCGAGAGCAUGUACCCGGACCAUUCAGGAAUAAGCUUCAGCGGACCCUAUAUUCUGUGCUGUGAGGAUUCCUGCGAUCAGGAGGAAAUCAUCGAUGUGUCUUCCGAUGAAAGUCACGGGUGCAUGUGUGGAACCGCUAACAAUUCUGGUGCAAUAAAUGGAGGCUAUGUUAUGACUCCUCCCACCACCAUGUCAGUAACUCGAGACCCCACCCACGUUGACAGCUCGACCAAUAAUUCAACAGAUGAACCCCCUGCAUACACCCCCAGAUUAGAUCAGGGGGGUAUUGUCCACCCUCAUCCUUCAGGUUAUUUCAUGAUGCCGUGUGUUGGCAUGAUCCAAUCAGAGCCAAAGGGAUAUGUGGCGCUGUCACAGCCUGGAACGUAACGAUGACUUUUGGUUUGCAAAAAAUCUUAAACUUUUAAUAAGAGGAGCCCAAUGACCCAACUGAAGAUGAGGGCUUGGAAGUGGCAUGAUAUUGAGCAAAACAGGUUCAGAUGUUUGCUUUAUCCAAACUGUCACUUUAUUUCGAUAAAGACCAAAUGUAUCAAUGUAGCCUACAUAAUGAAUAUGGUUAAAUCGCCAUGAAACUGAAGUAGCGUUGUCCCAUUUCUUUCCCGUGGUGACGUAUAUCCGGGUGACAUGGCUUCUGAAAUGUAAAAAAAAUGUAGAGCUGGACUUGAAUUCGUCUUUUGAGAACUGAUUGGACAGUUGGAAGUUGGUUCAUGUUGCUAUUUGAUAAUUGCUGCAAUGUUUUCCCGGACCCCGCCCACCUGCUAUGACCGGAAGUUAAGAGAGAUCGUUUCGAGAUUUGCAUUUUUGAUUAAAGAUUUUGAGGACACAUGCAUGAAUUUUUUUAAAAUAAUGAAGCUCACUAACAAGUAAUUUGUAAAAAAUACCACAAUAUUCCAAAACAAAUUACAGUUUUCAUUUCAAUUUCAUUGCGGCUUUAAAGACUGGAUGGACACGCUAAUAGAAGGACAUUUUACGAAGUGAAAGCUAGUAUGCUGUAACAAGGUCUGACCAAUAGAUGACAGUGUUGCAUAAAGUGAAUGUUUAAGAAAUGCCAGUCAGUCCGCUGUAAACAGCUAGAGCUUUAUGGAGUAAUGCAUUAGUUGACUAAUGAAUGUAUUUUUUUUAAUAUUAUUUUUUGAAUUGUUGUGUUUUAUGUAUUUUGUAAAGCUGAUUUGCAAACUGUGAAAAGCGCAUAAUACAUGUAAAUUAAGCCGCAAAUAUCAAUGCAAUAAUGCCUUACACUUUUACAUUUUUUUGUUUUUGCUGCUUAAAAAACUGCUUAAAAUACGUAGAGACUCCAUUCAGUUUCAUUCAAUGGUGAUCUAUUUUAAGUUUUUAUAAACUUAAUACUUUUGAGGAAAUUAAAGAUUACAGUUUUAAAUUUAGCAUUUUGGCUUACAUUUCUAGAAUCGGCUCAAAUGAGUGUUAUGACAACCAAAUCUAUAAUCCUCUUGCCUAAAACUUUAACACUACUUUAGUUUCUUUAGACAAUCAAUGAGAACAUCUAAGUGUACUUAUAUGUGCUAUUUUAAGACACCAUGAAUAUGAACUAAAAUGUGCUAUAAAAGUAUAUAUAUAUAUAUAUAUACACUAGUCAACAUUUGAAGUGGAUCAAAACCUUUCCUAAAAGUUGUCUUAAAACCAAUACCCAAUAUUCGUUCUUGUCUUAGGACAACUUGGAUGAAAGUUUUUGAUCCACUUCAAAUGUUGACUAGUAUAUAUAUAUAUAUAGUCACCACUUGUACAGUAGCAAACUUCGAGUUCCUGAUACAUUGUUAGCACAUUUUAGUUCAUAUUCAUGCAUGGUGUCUCAAAAUAGCAUAGAUACACUUAGAUGUUCUUAAGAUUAUCUUAAAAAGUACUAAAGAAUAUUUUUUAGCAUAUUCAGUACAAAAUUAGUGCACGUAAAAAAGCACUUUAAGUACAUUAUGGAAGUGUACUUUAUUUUCACCUGGGUAGAAACAAUCAAAUGCAUCACAACGUUUUUUUUCUCAUUUAUAAAACCUAUUUAUAUAAUUGGUCAAGCUUGUUGCUGUUUAUAAUUAAAGCUAGAUUUUUUGCUUUUUAAAAUGUUUUGUUAUACCAAAUGUUUUUUGUUUAAUAAGUUUGUUUGCAAUAUUUCUUUACCUACAGUAUUUUUUUUUACCAAGAAUUAAAGAUUUUAUUCAAGUAAAUCUUCAUCUACAUGGUGUUUUAUACCCAUUUUUAUUACACGGCUCUCUGGAAUGCUUGAUUCUGAUUGGUCAGUUGAGACAUUUGCAGGUUCGUUCUUUUCAAAUAAGGACCGCUCCAAAAUAAUAACGCAUAGCCGGACUACUUGCACGAGUAAAAUCGCUCCGCGCCAAUAAAGAUCAAUAAAGAUUACUGUCUGGCGCCAUCUUGUGACAAACACUCGACAACCACGACAAGACACAGAGAGCUUACUGAGACUGAACUUGACAAAAUAGAGCAUGACAGCUACGAAGCCAACACACAAAAAAUACAGAAUGGGCAUUAAAACUUCUCAAAGACUGAUUAAAGAGAAAAAAAUGGAGACAGACAAGUAUGAAGCAGAGGAUCUUAAUAAGGUAUUACGAUCAUUUUAUGCAUCUGUGCAAAGUUUCGCGGAAAGAUAAAAAUGUUAAUAUAAAACAAAUAUGCCAAUAAAAUGUUUCAAAUUCA